CGUAGAUGGAUACAGAGUGUUUUUUAUCCAAGGACAGGAAAACAACGAAGUUUUAACCAGUUUCCUCACGUGCUUGCCUUCACGCUUGGAGAACAAGAAUCUCGGUUCCAACAAGGAAUUAUUAGCCUACAGAUGAUGGAGUUGUAUGUUUUGUUGUUGAUGUUGAGCUUGCCAACCUUGAGUCAGGCAGACUGCACAGCGCAAUGCUUGAGAUGCGCGCAACAGAUCUCCGACCUGGACUCCGCAGUCAACCGCUUGACGUGCACUUUAGAAUGUGAAGGAGCCGUUUCGUCCACCGGUACACUGGACAGAUGCGAGAAGACUUUACAGAAGCUAUCGGAUGAAUUAUCGGACCUCAGCAUCGAGGAAGACGGAGAACGGAGCGAGGAGGAUGUCGAAGCGCCAGCGGCAUCCAACCUGGUCAAACGAUACGGAGGAUUCAUUAAGAGGAUCGAUAAAAAUAAAAAGAAAUUAUUUGCACCCUGGAAAGAAAACGCCGUGUUGAAAGGAAUGUUCGCGAAGAAAUACGGAGACUCGCUCUCGAAACUGGGCGAACGCGACGUCCCGUUCAUAACGGGAGACGAGGAGGGAGAAGAUAUCGCGGCGGAAAACGAAACUGGACUUUAUGAUAACAACCUUCCUUUAAACGAAGUCAAACGAUACGGGGGGUUUCUUCGCAAAUUCGGCCCGAAACGAAGCGACGUGGAUGACGCUAACCGGCAGGUGCUGCAGAAAAGAUACGGCGGAUUUUUGAGAAGAAUCCGCCCGAAGUUGCGAUGGGACAACCAGAAGCGAUACGGCGGAUUUUUACGUCGCCAUUUUAAAAUAUCCGUGCGAUCCGACGAAGAGCCCUCAUCUUACGAGGACUACGGUUUAUAAGGUUAUAUUAUACAAAAAUAAUUACACUUAUUUCGCAUUCUAGUUUUUUGAUCUCAUACAUGUUUUCUCAACCUGGCUGCUGACUUACGGAAUCACCGCUGUCAUCAUCAUUCAUCUGUCAAUCACUCGCCAGUGUUGAGGACUUAACAGUGAGCGGCCACUUGUUGUUUCCCGCUAACGAUAUCCUGUAUAAGCAAACAGUAAAUAUUGCAGACAACGCUUGUUUAAAAUGACAAAUAAAGGGCAA